CAGUUCCCAGGAACGGAAAUCGGAACAGUGCGCGGCGAAUUAAACAAUAAAGUGGCAGCAGGCGAUCAAAGAAGGCGCUCCGGCUGCGUAGGCGUACGAGAUCGCAGUGUGGAGCCAGUGCAUCCGAAAGUGUUUCCCCCGAAAGUGUUUCCAUUACCAUUGCAAUCGCCGAGGAUGGGCAGCAUGCAAGUGGCGCUGCUGGCGCUGCUCGUUCUAGGAGCCUCCUCCUUCAGCUCCUCCACAUCCACAUCCUCCACAUCCAAUCAACUGCAGCGACAGAAGGUGGCCCACUGGUUCCGGGAUAGUAACGAUGUCAAGGAUAAGAUUCUGGAGCUGCAGUGCCUGGCCAAGUGCGGCAGUGGCCGAGAUCAGUGCCUGGACAAGUGCAUCCAGGAGCUGCUGCUGGGACCCAGGGCAGGCAGUUGCCCCAAAAUCGGCAGGCAGACGCGGGCGAGGCUCUCCUGCCUGGACAACUGCCAGUACGAUCAUGAAUGCCCCGAGGUGCAGAAGUGCUGUGCCUCCAGUUGUGGUCCCAUGUGCGUGGAACCGCUGGGCGUUAGGAACAACACACAGCUACCGCCAAUACCCAGGAUCCUGUACUUUCGGAGAUCCCGAGGACAUGCCGUGGAUCUGAAAAUCGAAUCCUCGCUGCUGGUCUACUACUUCCACGUGGAGGUGCGUUUCCACAUAGGCAAGCACUUUGCGGAAAGGAAACUGGGACCUUGGCAGUGGCAGAAGGUGGAGAAGACCAUGGAGGAGAACAUAGGACACAGCAAGCACACCUACAUUUUCUUUCAUAUGCGACCAGGACGCUGGUACCAGGUUCGAGUGGCUGCCGUCAAUGCCUUUGGCUUCCGGGGAUACUCAGAGCCCAGCGAUCCCUUUCCCUCAACAGGCAAUCCCAAGCCACCGAAAGCGCCCAACGACUCCAAAAUCAUCGCCAAGCAGUUUGAUGGACGCUACAUGAACGUGAAGCUGGUUUGGUGUCCCUCCAAGUCGAACCUGCCCGUGGAGAAGUACAAGAUCAGUUGGUCUUUAUAUGUGAAUAGUGCAGAGGCCUCGAUGAUCACGCUGGACACCUAUGUUAAAGAUACCCAUCAGUUCGAGAUCAAGAAACUACUGGCCAACUCCUCGUACUACAUCCAGGUGCAGGCCAUCUCGUACAUAGGUUCGCGUCGCCUCAAGUCCGAAAAGUUGUCCAUGUUGUUCAACACGACGCUGCAGCCUUUGGAGCCCAUCACACCGCUCCAGUGCUCCGGUCAGGGGAACGGGAACAGGCGCAGGCACCAUCACAUUAGCAGCUCCAUCAGUUCGGAACGGGUCACGACCCCGGCGCCCGCUGGCCUCAAUGAGAUUUCGCCCAAUAUUGCGAACCGGACCGCGGCGGCGACCACAUAUGAAGUGGGCUUCCGGCUGAACCGGAAGUUCGGCAUGAUUGUGCAGAUUCUGGGCUUCCAGCCGCACAAGGAGAAGGUCUAUGAACUGUGUCCCCAGGAGACGAACUGCGAGCAGCGAGAGUUCCGCGCGAUUCGCGCCAAACGGGACCCUCUCGAAUUCAGCAAGCUCAAGUACAACACCACCUAUGUGCUGAGGGUACCGCGAUCCAGUCCCAAUUCCGUGCUGGACGACUCGAGGAACGUCUUCACCUUCACCACGCCCAAGUGCGAGAACUUCCGCAAGAGAUUCCCCAAGCUGCAGAUCAAGUGUAGCGAUUAG